UUGCAUGAGACCGCGUUUCGAGAAUUUAUACAGAAAUGACUCGAAAAGCAGCCUCACCCCGCAGCGCAUCCUUGCUUGGUCUAACCAGAUCUAUGCUCGCCAACGAGCGUCACCACGGAGGGGACGCUACGAGGUGGAGGCCACAGGAUGACGGGAUCGAAGGGACAAACGUUCCAGGCACACUUCGCCUGGUGGAGAAGCGAUGGAUACAAGCAUGAGGUCGCCGUGUGAGCUCACAGAUCCGUAAUAUUUAUAACCUGGAUGCUUCUCCCAUUUCUCUCUUUGCAUCCCACUCCCUUUUUUCCCAUCUACACAGCUCGACCUUCUCUUCGGUCAGCCUUGCUGCGAGAGAUAUAGCCUUGUGUCACCACCGGUUGAAUCGAACGCCAGCGCGAGAGCCGACAGUCCUCCAUAUUAGCAGUAUAUCACACGUCGGUCAAUUGCUUCUUCGCAUCUCCUUCAGCAACUCUCUCUAAAAAAAAAUGGUACUUGCCACCCGCCUUGUUUUUUCGUCGCGUCUCGCUGCGCGCCCCGCUCUUCACAGGUCGCUCGCAGCUACCCCGCAACGGCCGCCGCUGCUUGCUCGUCCGACCACAAACACCCUGUCUUCAGUACAACAUGCAGUUUUGGGCUGUGUUAGAAGGCUAACUGCAACGUCACGUCAACAGGGAAAGGUCCUCCUUGUCUUGUACGAUGGUGGUGAACACGCCAAGCAGGAGCCGCAGUUGCUCGGAACAACGGAGAAUGAGCUUGGGUUGAGGAAGUGGAUCGAGGAGCAGGGCCACGAGCUCAUCACCACAAGCGACAAGGACGGCGAGAACUCGGUCUUCGACCAGCACCUUGUCGAUGCUGAGGUCAUCAUCACAACUCCAUUCCACCCAGGCUACCUGACGGCCGAGCGUCUGGCCAAGGCCAAGAACCUGAAGCUCGCUGUGACGGCGGGCAUUGGCUCGGAUCACGUGGAUCUCAACGCCGCAAACAAGACCAAUGGUGGUAUCACCGUCGCUGAGGUGACAGGCUCCAACGUCGUCUCUGUCGCCGAGCACGUUGUAAUGACCAUUCUUGCCUUGGUCCGCAACUUCGUCCCUGCACAUGAGCAGAUCGAGCGUGGCGACUGGAACGUGGCUGAGGUUGCCAAGAACGAGUAUGACCUGGAGAACAAGGUUGUCGGCACUGUCGCCGUAGGACGCAUUGGCGAGCGAGUGCUACGUAGGCUGAAGGCCUUCGACUGCAAGGAAUUGCUGUACUUCGACUACCAGCCAUUGACACCCGAGAAGGAGAAGGAGAUUGGAUGCAGGCGAGUUAUGGACCUGGAAGAGAUGGUGGCCCAGUGCGACGUUGUCACCAUCAACUGUCCACUGCACGAGAAGACCCGUGGCCUGUUCAACAAGGACCUCAUCUCGAAGAUGAAGAAAGGUUCCUGGCUCGUGAACACAGCGCGUGGCGCCAUCGUUGUGAAGGAGGAUGUCGCUGAGGCCCUCAAGUCUGGCCAUCUCCGUGGCUACGGUGGCGACGUCUGGUUCCCACAGCCUGCGCCCAAGGACCAUCCUCUCCGAUACGCAAAGAACCCGUGGGGUGGCGGAAAUGCCAUGGUUCCGCACAUGUCCGGCACAUCCAUCGACGCCCAGAAACGGUACGCAGCUGGCGUCAAAUCUAUCCUCGAGAGUUACUGGUCCGGCCGUGAAGACUACAGACCGGAGGACCUGAUUGUGCACAAGGGUGAAUACGCCACCAAGGCGUACGGCCAGCGGGAGAAGAAGUAAACGCUGAUCUUUUGUCGAAUUACCUCAAGUAGGGGGGGAGAAACUAAAAAAAAAAUGUAACCAUUGAAUUUUCUCAGGAACGACUCGUCUAUUGCCAUCUCUAGUUAUUGAUUUUGUGUAGAGCUGCAGCCUUUGGUCUCCGCAAGCUGCCACGCCAAGCUCACACCCGCUCCACACUUGUCAUGAUUGCCGUAUAUCUUUCCAAUAUUGCACAACGUAUGGGUACAUUCAAAACCCGCGGCAUGGCUUUCCACGUAAGUGUAGCGAGAUUGUACAAGAAAAAGGAAACAAGGGAGCGAUGGCAACGGAUUUUAUCCUCUCCCUCCGUUCCGGCCAUGGCCAUCUCCCUCCUCGUCGUCGCUGCUAUCUGCAAAUCCCUCCUCCAACUCCCGACUCAGCCUUCUGUCACUGUCAGCGCCCCUCCCGGCUCGACCGUCCAUGCUCAAGCUUAGACCAUCUCGCCUUCUCCUCUCCUCUGCUGCCAAGCCGCGCUCACCGUCGAGAUGAAGGUCGAACUCCAGAUCCUCGCCCAUCUCUUCGUCGUCGUCCCCGCCGUCGGCGGCAUUGACAACGCGCUCCCCUCGACGAUGGGCCCAUCUCCACUCAGCCCAGCGGGAAGGUAUCAGGAAGGCGAGCAGGUGUUGACGAAGGGUCGACGUGGACGAGGAGAGCGUGGCGAGUGGAGACUGCGUGUGCACGGGUAGAUACUGCGAGUAACGCGCGCGGUGGCGGCGAUAUAGCGGGAGCAGCGCAAAGUGCAGGAGCAAGUACAGGCCCAGCGC